ACGGUUGAUCAAGAGACGACCCGUUGCGUGUUCACCUGAAGGCGGUGGGAGACGGCAGAAUAACGCUGUCGCGGCAUUGACGAUCAGGCACCGCAGCCACGAGGAACAUGCUGGAGAACGUGCUCUAUCAUUGCCCCGGAAGAUUAAAAUAAUGGAAGCUAGUCAUGGAUUUAAGCUCAGUUACCCGCUACGGUGUGUAGCCGGCACAUGGUUGAAGCCACCCUGAUGACCUCACCGGCGUGAACCGCGACAGCCGGAAGACGGCUUUAUGCUCCUCAUUCUCCGCGCAUCGUCACCGAGGGACAGGGUAUAUCUUCAACCUUCUGGUCCACUUUCAUCCCUCCUCCAUCUGACCCUCAAUUCCUUUAUACAAACACACAAUUGUGUGUUACAAACAAAUAAGCGACAAUGGCUGCGAGAAACACACUUCGCCGCGCUCUUCUUUACAUCCCCGGCUCGUCGCAGCGCUUCAUCGAUAAGUCGCGGUCUCUCACGGCCGACUGUGUCGCCUACGAUCUCGAAGACAGCGUCACUCCACACAAGAAAGCCGAAGCUCGCUCCCUCGUGCGGAGAGCUCUUGAUGAGCCCUCGCCCGCAAGCAUCCGCGAACGCGCCGUGCGCAUCAACUCUGUCGACAGCGGCCUCGCUCUCGCAGAUCUAACUGAAGUCCUUAAAUCACCUAACCUCUCGACAAUCGUGAUCCCCAAAGUCAACUCCGCGUCAGACCUCACCUUCGUCAGCGAUGUAAUCAACCACACCCUUUCCCAACAAGCCCAAUCCCAAGACAGAACGCCAAUCUCCCUUCUCGCUCUCGUCGAGUCCGCCAAAUCUCUCACAAACCUCACCCAAAUCACCUCUGCAACACCCCUCCUACAGGGCCUAAUAUUUGCAGCGGAAGAUUUCGCGCUCGACCUCAGCCUCACCCGUACCCCGGCCCUGACCGAAUUCCUCUUCGCGCGCUCUGCAAUUGCCACUGCCGCCCGCGCCGCCAACCUCCCCUCCACAAUCGACCUCGUCUGCACAAACUACAAAUCGUCUGAGGUCUUGGAGGAAGAAUGCCGCGGCGGCCGAGGCCUAGGUUUCAACGGGAAACAGUGCAUCCACCCAUCGCAGGUUGAAACGGCCCAGCGGAUCUACGGGCCAGAUGAAGAAGAAGUCAACUGGGCUGUGAGGGUUGUGAUUGCCGACGAGAAGGCAGCGAAGCAGGGAAGGGGUGCGUGGACGCUUGAUGGCAAGAUGAUUGAUGUUCCUGUGGCGGAGAAGGCGAAGGCGAUUGUCAAGAAAGCUGACCAGUGUGGGGUUGAUGUUAACGGCUUGAGGGGCAAGUGGAGUGGACAGGAGCCUGAGUAGGCACUAAUAUCCCUAUACAUCUAUCUACCUUUUUCAAUACCACAUGCGUACGGUUAUACCAU